UCUCUAACAAUGCUCCUCUCACUUUAUUUUGUAAUACACUGCAUAAAAAAAAUUUAAUCCACGUCAAUCCCACAGCAUAGAAUUUUACGUGCUUUAUCCGAUUAAAAAAUUAACUCAUUAUGCGCGUUACUCAGUGCUCGACAUUUGCUGGGCAGGGGGUUUCCCGAGGUCGAAGUGAGGGGUUAGUGGACUAUAUUUAGCUUCGGUGCAGGUAUAAACAUGCUGCGAAUUGAUUCAAUGUGGAAUUAUUUACAUCCUAUGUUAAAAGACGCUGCAGGUCGAUUGAGCCAGCAGACAUUCCAUCUCGCUCACGUAGGGAUGGUAGGACAUUUAACAUGCACCCGCUGGAUAUGGUUGCGGCUGUGAGAACUUUUCAGUUGUCCGUUACUUCUGAGAGUGAAGUGGAGUAUGGUAGGACUGGACUCCUGGGUAAUCGACUCGGUGUGAAAAAUAAUGAAAAACCGAUCAGCACACGCCAGCACGGGACCAGACAAAUGGAUUACACGAAAAGGGGGCGGCCUCGUGCUGAUGUUGUGUCGGCUUUGAUAUUGGAAGGAUCUGCAACGGAGGGAAAAAUUCGAUGCAAAAUCUGCACUAGGCUUUUCCCCAGAGAGAAGUCGCUGCAGGCGCAUAUGAGAACUCACACAGGUGAGAGACCAUAUGCCUGUGAUUUUCCUGGUUGUCGAAAAGCCUUCUGUCAAAGUGGACAGCUGAAAACACACCAGCGCCUGCACACAGGAGAAAAGCCAUUUGUCUGUUCUGUCAAUGGCUGCAAAAGCCGUUUCACUCAUGCCAAUCGACAUUGUAGUGACCAUCCCUAUGCCAGUCUACAGCGGGUGGAGACACAGGUCUCAAUGGAGCCAGAGAGUUUCUGGGAAAACAGUGACAAAUCUGAAGUUUUGACAUGGCUACAGAAACAGGCGGAACAAAGACAAAGCAAAUCACCAGUCAAAAACACAUCCCACAAACUAAAGCGGAAACACAGCGCUGAGGAGGAAGAGGAAACAUCCGACGAAGAUUCAAAUUCAAAUCCAAAAAAUGUUCACCCUGAUACCAUCCAAACAAAACUAGACAUGAACAAGGAUCAGCACGACAAGUGGAUCAGUGCCCUUGCACUGAUUGAACUUGCAACAGGCUGCACCAUGAUCUAGAUAAGUUGUUUGGCUUUCCCUUUCCAAAAGGGGUUGAUUAACAAGGGAUCAAAUUCCUGGUCGAAUUCUUGAGGCGUUGUUGAAACUAUGUGUUGCUGAACUUGCUGUAGUUGGCUAGUGUACCCCCCUUUAAUUGUUUCAGUGUGGUGACUGAAUAGAGCAGAAAAUUGUAAAAUAGAGGACAAUCACAUCACUUCUGAAACAAUUACGAUUGAAGACUGAAAUCCAUUUCUUGUUUUAAUGUUUUGAAAAUACUGACAUAAUAAUUUGUUGUCUUUUUACUGUGCAUGUGUCUUUUCAAUUUCCAUCUUCUGUCAAUUUUUUUAUAAAGGAACUCUGCAUUUACUAAAAUGUGCAAACGAUAGCAUUUGACAAAACACUGUGACAUUUGGCCGGGAUGGACAGUGAAUAAUUUCAUUAAUAUUUUUUUAAACAGCAUCUGCCACAUGAAAGUGUAUUCCGUCCAUUACAUUUUGCUCUGAUAGCUGCAAAAUCAUCUGUAUGUCAAUGUAGCUGCCAAAGCAAGCUACAAAGAUAUAAUAUUAGGAUAUAGUCGGCUUUAAAACACACAUACACUUCUGGGCCAGCUGCAUGUACUACAACAGUCUGUAUUUAAAAUAUGUUAACAAAGCCUGCUGAAGAUUGCAGUUUGGGUCAUCAGUUUGCCUCCAGAUAAUACUAUAUAAUUCCAUGCAUCAGUAGCUUAUAAACAUGUUUACAUUCCAUUCCUAAGAUAUACUGUGCUAGCAUUUUUGCCUUAAACAUAAUAAUCAUCAAAUUUUGGCCACAUACUACUUUCAGCAUGUUUAUGAAGAUGUUGCAGUUCGUAUUACUACAGCAACCAAAACAGAAUAAUGAUACUAUUGAGUUACUAUGAUAGAUGUGAUAAAGUCACAGAAGAUAUGUAGUUCUUGAUUUAGAAAGAAAAUUACAUAGAUGUUUUUGCUCAGAAGGUUCUACUUUUGGAAAGAUUUUGCCAUUAAAGCCAGCAAAAACAAAAUUUCUGGUUGUCUGACCAUUGAUACAAACAGCUAAACAAUUCAUCCUUUCAGCCAAAAAAGCAAUAUUUUCAUAUUCAUGCUCUUCUUUAAAUUGUGAUUAUUCUACCUUUAGGUGAUAAACUCUUAAGAGUGAUAUAAAUGUAUUCAUGUGUCAAGUUAAUCAUCUCAAAGUUUGCUUUUUUUUUGCAAAUUUAACAUUCAAAAAACACUGCUGAGUAACAGGCUGCCAUUUUUGCAAGAUCUUUUUUUAAUGACACCAUACGUGUUCAGAUUUCAAGAUUAAUAUUCUCUUAUUGAACAUCAGCCCUGUUUGGAGAGAUAAUAAAUGCUUGCCUCAAAAACUGUUCUCUCUCAUAAUUUUUUUGAGAAUUUUGAUAACUUAGCAGUUAUCAUAAAAGUAAUCUUUCCAAAUAAUUUAAAAUCACAGAACAUUUUUAUCUUGAUAUAGUUAAAAGAGCCAUGGAUAACAUUAAGAAUCAUCUUAAUACUUUGAAACAAAUUCAAAAAAUUAUAAUAAAUUUUGAAACUAUUUUUUUUUGUCGGGGUGAUGUGUUGCAAGGUGUAGGAGAUAAUGCAGAUUAUGACAGCUCAUGUGUCAGCAUAAAUGUGUAUGAAUCUAAAUUUUUAAAAAAAUAAAUUGCUCAUGCUUCAUAUUGAUACAAUUACAAAUUAUGAGAACCCAUUUAAAUCUUACCUCUAUCAGUUGUAGUUAAAUAUUUGGCUAAAAUCAAUCUGAACAAGAAAAACUUGGGGCACUUCCAUUAUGUGACCAAUGACAAAAAAGAUCAGAUUAUAAAGGCCUAUAUGCUUGGCAUAAAAAAGUCUGUGAUUUUGUUCUAACCAUCAGUACUGAGGUAAGGGGAAUGGAACAGAUGAUUCUACACUGUCUUAAAAUUUUCUCACAUCUACAGAUGUCUGAAAUGUAUAUCCUGCCUAUCUAUGUUCUUCAUUUUAUCAAUGGUAUCAGUUACUCAUUUUAGUACUUAUUACUGGUUUUAAACCAUAAGGAUAACAAUGUGUUCAAAAAUUUUGGUAUUUAUUCAAUAUUAUGUUGUGCUGUCCACAUAUCACUAAUGCCUGUAUUCAGAGACUGUUUCUUAAAUCUUUUUCUUUGCAUAAUUUAUUUGGAACAUUUAUAUAUGCAAAUUUUAUUGAUUUUGUGAAAUGAUUUAAUUGUAGUAAAAAUGUGAACUGUAACUUGUGGCCUGUAUUAGGCACAUAUUUCAUAAAUAAGGAUGUACACUUGCUUACACUGCCAGUGAGAACACUGCAACUAAGUAUUCUAAACAAACCCUUCAUUUGUGGGUGUGUGUUAGAAUGAGAUUUUCUUUUGCCAGUAGUCAAAGAAAUUGUUAGCAAGAUAAAUGUUGAGCCAUAAUUCAUGCAAUGCAGUGAACAAGAUUUAAAGAAGUUUACAAUGAAAAGUGUACUUUAUUGUUUCAUUCUUGCCACUCUGUUCCUUCUCCUCUGUGCUAAAAUGUCAUUAACAAACGUGCACACAUUGUUUUGUAUUCUUGAAUAUUUAAUCUGUUAUCUGGGGUGAUUUUUACAACUCUUGAACUUUUUUUUGCGCGUUACACAGGAAGAAUUUAAUGUAGUGUACAUUUUGUUUUUUUAGCUAGCCUUACACAUACUUGGUGCACUUUUACAGUCAAUUCUUUCUCUCCAUCCUAUGUGUUUGCUAAACAAACUUCCAUCUAAGGAAACAUAAAUCAAAGUGAUCUCGAACAGCAAGAUCGAUUUUCUUAAUGCAAUAUAUUUUCAUCUGCUUUAUUUAUUUUUUAUUUCUUUCCUAAACAACAUACAGUAGAUUUCAAAUAUCAUUUUUCUUAAGAGGCUAUAGUGUCUACCACUAUGCAGUCAUUUGUUUCCUAACCUGAUGCUCAAGGUUGAUUCUCUCAGCAAGAUUGAUUUUCUCAAAGCAAUAUUUAAGUUCCAGAUUUUCAUCUGGGCUUUUUUUUAUUUAUCUUUCUAAACAACAGUAUUCAUUUUAACCUCUUUUUCUUAAGUCUCUAGUGUCUAGCACUAUGCAGCCAUUAUUUUCCUAACCUGCUACUUAGUGCUAACAAUUGUACUCAAAAGCAUUUCUUCAUCAAGCAUUGAUAAAAUGUUUGCAGGAUUGAGUUUUUUGCUCUAACUGUUCUAUCUGUUUAGAAUUUUUAAAAAACCCCUAUGUGUAGCAUAUGUAGUUGGUGGUUUUUUGCUUGAUGCCUACUAACGCCUGGUGAUUUAUUAAUACACUGCUGAUUUAACAUUCCACUGGUUGUGUGUUCAGCCAAGAUGGCAAGAAGUGAUUGUUAUACUGUUCAUUUAUAUGUUGAUUAGAUGAGUGAGACACAUUAAUGUAUCAUUGUUGACUCUUGUACAUUUUAUCAGGAUCUUUAUAGCGCUGAAGAAACUCAUUGGUUUUUUUUCCCAUUUUAAACAUAUUUGUUUUUAAUCCUCAUUUUAGUAUUUCUACAAGCCUGAAUAAAUAUCAGAUAUGGUGCUGUUACAUAAUUUUAAAACCUGUUUUAAGAAAAUCUAAUGGUGCAAAAAAUUCAAGCAUUUGAUCAUUAGACCGUCCAUUUGGUUAUUAAAGUCUGUUCCGUCCAUUUUUAUGUUUUUUGAAUUGGCAAGAUAAUCUCAGACAGGCAGAAGAUUUCAUGCAGCUAAUAAUGUGAAAUGCAGCUAGUGCCAGACCUUAACAUGAACGAGUGGGUAUCGCACAUCAAGAAUCAGCUACUUGGACUGCAUUGUAAUACCAAAGACAAUUUCUAAACUGGAAACAUGAGGGACCUAACGCAUUAUGUAAGACAAUGGCAGAAGCGC